CCCUGGAUGAGCGGCCCCCAACGAGCCCCAAGUUGAUGAGAUGCCCCCUGAAAAACCACCACUGGACGAGCAGCCCCUCGAAGAGCAGCGCCCCGGAAAGCCCCCUCUGGAUGAGCAGCCCCCCAUUGAGCUGCUGUCUGAAAAGGAAUUACUUGAUGAGCAGCCCCCCGAGGAGCUGCCCUCCGAAAAGCCACUGCUGGAUGAGUUGCCCCUCGCUGAGCAGCCCCCUGAUGAGCCACCCCCCAGCGAGCAGCACCUUGAUGAACUGCCUGCUAAUGAAGCACCCCUUGAUGAGCUGCUGCUCAAGGAGCCGCCCGUCAGCGAGCUGCCACCCCCUGAAGAGCUGCACCCUGAAGAUCUGCUCCCCUGCAAGCUGCCUGCUGAGGAGGACCCCAAACCGCCAGGUCUCCUCCCUGAGGUGGCUGUGGCAGAGGAAGCCCCUGAGCUGGCCCCAGAGGUGCCCCCUGAAGAGGAGAUGGAGCUGGAGCCAGAGCCAUUGCUGCCCCCCGAGAUGGCACUAUCUCUGCGCCGUCUCGCCCGCCCGCCCUCCAGACCCCUCGCCUCACACCACAGAGGAUGA